CAUAUCGCAAAGGAAUCUUUCCUCAUGAAUACAUAGACUCUCAUGACCGAUUUAAGGAAAUAGAAUUACCUCUGAUUCAUGAGUUUUAUAGUGUUCUUGGAGGUAAGAUUUCACAAGAGGAUUAUAAUCAUACUCAAAAUAUAUGGAAGGAAUUUGGGUGUAAGAACUUGGGAGAAUAUAAUGAUCUCUAUCUCAAAAUAGAUGUGCUUAGUUUAGCAGAUGUCUGGACAACAUUUAGAAAGACAUCUUCUCUAUCCUGGGAUGCUAUGCUUAAGAUGACCAAGGUUAAGAUCGAGAAAUUUACAGAAAUGGCAAUGCAUGACUUCAUUGAAAAGGCGAAGCGUAGUGGUAUUGCUAUGGCA